GUUAAAGUUUGCUCUCUUUUUUUCCUUUUCGAAAUUCUCAUUUAAUUUCUUCUUUUGUACACCUCUCGGUCUUCAAAAUCAUCAAUGGGAAGAUCACCUUGUGAAAAAAAUGGUGUCAUAAAAGGUCCAUGGACUCCUGAGGAAGACAUGAAACUCAUUCAAUACAUUCAAGUGCAUGGUCCAUGUAAUUGGCGAACUCUUCCAAAGAAUGCUGGGCUUCAAAGACAUGGAAAAAGUUGUCGUCUACGUUGGACCAAUUAUUUAAGACCUGGUAUCAAGAGAGGAAGAUUUUCAUUUGAGGAAGAAGAGACUAUUAUCCAGCUUCACAGUGUUCUUGGCAACAAGUGGUCUGCAAUGGCGGCUCGGUUGCCUGGAAGAACAGAUAAUGAAAUCAAGAACUACUGGAACACUCAUAUAAGAAAGAGACUUCUUCGAAAUGGGAUCGAUCCAGUGACUCAUGCUCAACGCCUCGAUUUUAAAGAUCUCUCAUCACUGUUAAACUUGCCACAGAUUAAUCUUUCGAAUCUCCUCCGACUUCAAACCCUAUUAAUAAAUCCAGAAGCCCUACGGCUGGCAGCUUAUCUUCUGGAAAAUCCUGAAUUGCUAUUGACAAAACUCCAGGAAAACCAAUUAUUCAACGCUCAAUUGCAAAACCAGACCCCCGUUUUCCAAACUGACCAACUUCAAAACACUUUUGAUCUACAAACCCCUCUUUGCAAUCCAUCCACAGAUCUUCCUGUAACUGCUUCAGUUUCCAAUCAAUCUCAUCUCAUACAAGGGAAUAUGGGACAGAUCUCUAAGAACUCAGACAGUUUAAGUGGCCAAACAUUUCAAAAUAACACAACUACAUUUGAAAAUGUCUCUUUUAUUGAAAAUUUCUUAUUUGGGGCUUCUGACCAAAGGCAGAAAGAUUUAUCAGAAAACAUAAGUUUUCAGUCCUUGAACAGCGGGAGCAAUAGCAGCAAAAAUUUCAGUUUUGAUUCAGUUUUAUCGACGCCUCUCUCGAGCCCAACUCCUCUAAUUUCAAGCUCAACAUAUAUGAACGGAAAUACAGAAGAUGAGAGAGAGAGUAAUUGCAGUAACCUGUUGAAGUUUGCAAUACCAGAGAGUUUAGAUUUUGAUGAUUUCAUUUAAACACACUCAUAUUUCAUAAUUUGCAUUCCACUUGUAUAUUUUAGGUAAUUGUGAGGGCGCAAUCGGUUACUUUUGUGUCCAGUCCUUCUAGGAUUUUAGUUUGCCUUGUUCUUUGGGAUCUUUUGUAAGUUUGUAUUGCGCUUGUUUGAGCCCAUUUUUCUAAGAUUGCAUUUUUCAAAAAAAAA